ACUUGAGCUGUGCUGUGACCACAGAACCCUCUCGAUUCCAAGAUGGCCCCGAAGAAUCAGAUCCUGCUCCUUGCAAUCUCUGCCUUUCUCCCCCUCACAUCUGGAGGUAAGGUCCAUUGACAAGGGAUCGGAGAAGGGUUUUCACUCGAGUGUAACAUGCAGAAAACAACCUUUAGUGGCAGUUGGACUUGGCUGGCAAUGGAUCUACAUGUCAAAAUAGAUAAGAGCAGUUCUUUUUCUUUCUUUCUUUUUAAAGGAAGGGGCAAUUUUGAUGUGUUCUAACAUAAAAAGAAAAUCCAAAUAUCUUCUUACUAUGUUUAUGAGGGUUUAAAAAAAAGCCAGGCUGCCUCCCCAGCCUCCAUGGCUCAGGGUUCUGGAUGCCUGGAUUUCAUAUUGCAGUGGUGGAUUUCAGGAGAUCAGACAAGGAAACACCAGGCUACAUAAGGAAGAGUGAAGGUGAUCUUAGGGCACAUUAUCAAUUAGAAUAAACAUGUGGGGUCUUUAAGGGAAUGCUGCAGUGUAGAGCACUCCUGCUCAAUGCUUCUGACAGCCAGCCACAUGCUCCUCCAAAAUACUUCCCUUGCCCCUCUUCCUCCACUCCCCACCUAGUUAGUAUUCUGCAACCACUGGACAUACGUGUUCCUCAUGGGGCUGGAACCCCACCACAAUUAAUCUCUCCCUAUAAAAGGUAAAGGGACCCCUGACCAUUAGGUCCAGUCGUGACCGACCUUGGGGUUGCGGCGCUCAUCUCGCUUUUAUUGGCCGAGGAAGCCGGAGUACACCUUCCGGGUCAUGUGGCCAGCAUGACUAAGCUGCUUCUGGCGAACUAGAGCAGCUCAUGGAAACGCCCUUUACCUUCCUGCCAGAGCGGUACCUAUUUAUCUACUUGCACUUUGAUAUGCUUUCGAACUGCUAGGCUGGCAGGAGCAGGGACCGAGCAACGGGAACUCACCCUGUCGCGGGGAUUCAAACCGCCGACCUUCUGAUCGGCAAGUCCUAGGCUCUGUGGUUUAACCCACAGCACCACCCGCGUCCCAGUCUCUCCCCAUACUUCUCUUGUAUUUAUCCCUCUCUUCACAUGAUUAUGUGACCCCCUCCUGUACUUUGGGUGGUUCCUCAUGCCUCGUUGUCAAUGGUGCUGUUUUGGAUGCUUAAAAACAUUUAUUCUGAAACAUUGGAAAUAGGGGGGAUGACACAACAUACAUAUCAUUGUGAAGCUACAGAACUCAAUCAUAAAUGUGGGGCAGAGGAAGCAGUCAUAAUAAAUUAUUGAAUCAUAGAAUUGGGAGGGACCCUGAGGAUCAUCUAGUCCAAUCCCCUGCAAUGGAGGACUAUGUAGCUGUCUCAUUUUGGUAUCGAACCUGUGACCUUGACCUUAUCAGCACCAUGUUUGAACCAACUGUGCUAUCUGUAGGCUGAUGGUUCUUCAAAUUCGUCACCAAAUAGCCCAAACAGUAAAAAGUUGUGCUGUGAGAAAAUUAUUGCACAGAAUGCACAAUUCAGUGUGAGUUUGAGCAGUAGUUUGGAAUGUGCUUAAUUGUGAAAAAUUGUCUUUUGGAGCAGAUCCUUUGCUAUGUCGGGACUGCACAGUGACUGAAGAAGGAUGUAUUGGAGUUGAAGGCUCUGACCGGAUUUGCAUAGCUGACCCUGAACUGGAAAGCUGCAAUAUAGUCAAUGCCUAUGAAGGUAAGAAACCUCACCCUCAUUCUUUAGAUUCACUGUUCUCUGUGUUCAUGCCUGAUCUGUGUUGAGGACAAAGAAACUGGAAUGUGUUAUACUCUGGAUAGUUAAUAUGACUAAAGUGGCUCACUGCAUCUUUUCCUCUUCUUUUUCUGGCUCAUUUUAGAGGGGAAACUAAUCUGGACAAAGGUUGGCUGUGGGCCAAAAGAAGCAUGUGAUACCAAACAGCAGGUGACCAAACAUAUCCAUGUUGAGUACAAAUGUUGCGAAGAGUCAAAGUCUUCAAUAGGCAUUGAUUUCUGCAAUGACGGGUUAUAAAUGAGGUAAAACUAGCCAAUGGAAGAUUUCCAACAUAGCUAAACAUGUUAGCCACGUCCUCUUAUUUUGGCAUCACAACAGAGGACCCACAGAAGCAGUUAGCACUUUUCAUAUAUGUAUGUAAUUAAAGUUGAAAAAUUGUAGAAUAUAGCAUACAGAUGAAUUGAGUUUCCAACAGUCAUUUACAUGGAUCAACACGUGUUUCAUAAAGUAUGCAUUUAAUGUUCUUAUGUUCUUUAAAGUCAAUAUGAUGUUCUUUUGUCACAAAAUAUUAUUCUGUGCCAUAAAAGGGAGCCCAACUAGUAAGAGAGCUCCUGGAAUUCACAUUCCAAAAUAAAAAUAGCCCAAGAGAAAGCCAA